GCACACGGACUUCAAAGUUGACGAGCAGGUUUCUUGUGCCGGCGCCUUCAGUUCUCUUGCCUCUCUUUGUACGGAGUACCGCGAUCCUACUUGCUUCUUCACGAUAUGCAACUGCAGAUGCGCCUGUCUAGAGUGUGACCGCACCUGCUCAUGUACUCGGGUCGCCGCAGGUGAGGCGCGCCCACCAUGUCUUCGUUUUUUGGAAAGUUGAAGAGCCAGACUGCUCCCUCACCAGCGGUGGGCACCUCCCCAGCCAAAAAGGAUCUAAAUGCGCCAGUCCCUACCCCUCUGGAGCGCAUGCUAGAGAAUGCUGGACCGAUUCGCAAUGAUGGCAGCGAUAAAUUCUUUGGCAUGGAAAACUUCGGAAACACCUGCUAUUGUAAUUCGAUCCUACAGUGUCUCUAUUAUUCUGUACCAUUCCGAGAAAAUGUUCUCUCCUAUCCUCAGCGGUCAACGCCCGAUUCCGUCGCCCACGCACAAGCGCAUGCACCAGCUCGAAUACCUCCAAGUCAGGCCAAUGGAGCCGCGAAGAAACCCCAGGGACCGACAUCUUCGCGGAACGCUGGCACACCCCCUCAACAGCAGAAGCAAGAGGACAAAGAUUCGCCGGAGUACAAGAAGAAACAAGCGAUCACAGCGGGUCCCAUGUUAAACAUGACUUAUGAAAAUUCGCGGGGCUAUGGCAUGCCCGAGACACUCUUCACAUCUUUGAAGGAUCUAUUCGAAGCUGUUGUCGUUGAUCGGUCACGGAUGGGUGUCAUUAGUCCGCAUAGGUUUCUCGAGACUUUGCGCAAAGAAAACGAGAUGUUCAGAUCGGCUAUGCACCAAGAUGCUCACGAAUUCCUAAAUUUACUACUCAACACCGUGGUAGAAAACAUUGAGGAACAUGACAAGAAUACAAGCGCACAGAAGAAGAUUGAGGAUGCCCAGCGGGCUACGGAGAAGUCUGACGAAAUUGUCAAAACCGAGUCUGCAACAGUCUCAUUCCCCUCAAUACUCCCAGAAGUGGGGAGAAACUCCAGGACGCGAUGGUUGCACGAAUUGUUUGAGGGGACUUUGACGUCGGAGACACGAUGUCUGACUUGCGAAAACGUCUCCCACCGGGAUGAACCAUUUCUGGACUUGUCCGUCGAUUUGGAGCAGCAUUCGUCUGUUACUGCAUGCCUGCGUAGGUUUUCGGAAGAGGAGAUGCUUUGCGAGCGGAACAAGUUUCACUGCGACAACUGUGGUGGCCUUCAAGAGGCUGAAAAGCGUAUGAAGAUCAAAAGACUUCCGAAAAUAUUGGCCCUCCAUCUGAAACGAUUCAAAUAUACCGAGGACUUACAACGAUUGCAAAAGCUCUUCCACAAAGUGGUAUAUCCAUACCAUCUGAGACUCUUCAACACUACCGACGAUGCCGAGGACCCAGACCGGAUAUACGAGCUAUAUGCAGUCGUGGUGCACAUUGGCGGAGGACCAUAUCAUGGCCAUUACGUCGCUGUCAUCAAGACCCAAGAUCGGGGUUGGCUCCUCUUUGACGAUGAGAUGGUGGAACCUGUCGACAAGAACUUCGUACGGAACUUCUUUGGAGAUAAACCUGGGCUAGCAUGUGCCUAUGUGCUCUUCUAUCAGGAAACUACGAUCGAGGCCAUACGGAAAGAACAGAAGAUGGAGGGCAAGAGACGUGCUUCCCAAGAUCUCUCGACUGGCCUGGGUGUUGACACCAAGCAAUCAGCUGAGUUGCACCGCAUACAGACUGUCAGUCCUAUGGGUUCUCCAGGAGGACUUUCAGAAAGUCACCAAUAUGCGGCUCUUGAUCAUGCAAUGACAGCACCUCCCGAGCUGAUGACGAAUGGUCACGUCGAAACGCCACUGUCACCUACUUAUACUGCGGAUCGAUCUACAAGCCCUGUUGCCCAGACGAAGAAAGAGAAGGCCAAGGAAGAAAAGGCACGCAAAGCGGCCGAGAAGCAAGCCGAGAAGGAGCGAGUGGAAGCAGAGAGACAACGUCGAAAGGACUUGGCCGCCAAGUUGUCUGAGGCACACAAAAAGCAAGAGGCGGAACUCAAGGCAGCCAUGGAAGCGAGCAAGGCCUCCAAGGCCGAAGAGGAUAAGCGGAAUAAAUUGGAACGAUCGAUCACAUCGCCGAAUGGUUCCACUAAUUCUGGCCUCGACCGUUUCAAGCGAACAAAAAGUUUACGUUUUGGGGGGUUAAAGAAGGACAAGACGGAAUCCGGUCCUUCUACAGAGACUCCUUCAACAUCCGCGGAACCAGAAGCGCCAGAUGCUGAGAAGGAGAAGGACAAAAAGAAGAAUCGGUUUAGUAUACGAAAGAAGUCCUUUGGCGUGCUAUAGUGGGCAUGCACAUUUUAAUAUUUGCAUAAGGGGGUUUUCACGAUGUCCAUAUGGGUUGUAUUGGGU